AUGGAGAGGGGAAACCAAACUGGGGUCUCAGAAUUCCUCCUUCUAGGACUGUCCAACUUGGCAGAGCAGCGGCAGCUCCUCUUCAUGCUGCUCCUCUGGUUGUACCUGCUUGGGGUUCUGGGGAGCCUACUCAUCGUCCUGGCCGUCAGCUUUGACCCACACCUGCACACCCCCAUGUACUUCUUCCUCACCAACCUCUCCCUGGCUGACAUCUGCUUCCUGUCCACCAUGGUCCCCAAGAUGCUGGUCAACAUUCAGAACCACGACAAAUCCAUAUCCUACCCUGGCUGCCUGGCACAAAUGUACUUCUUCCUUCUGUUUGGAACUCUGGACCACUUUCUCCUCACCGGGAUGGCAUAUGACCGUUACGAGGCCAUAUGUCACCCCCUCCACUACACCACCAUCAUGAGCCCACCGCUCUGUACCCUGGUGGCUGCUGGAUCCUGGAUCUUCAGUUCCCUCCAUGCCCUGACACACACCCUAUUGGUGGUUCGCUUAACCUUCUGUACCAAUUGGGAAAUUCCUCACUUCUUCUGUGAACUUUACCAGAUCCUAAAGCUUUCCUGUUCUAGCACUGUCAUCAAUGAAGCACUGGUGUUUGUCUUGGCAGUAGAGAUUGGGGUAGGUCCAAUCACCGGCCUCCUGUUCUCUUACCUUCGCAUCAUCUCCACCAUAUUGAGAAUCCCAUCUGCAGGGGGUAGGUGGAAAGCUUUCAGCACUUGUGCUUCUCACCUGUCUGUGGUCUCUUUAUUCUAUAGCACCACCCUUGGGACCUACCUUUGUCCAACAUCUACCCAAACAUUCAGUAAGGGCUCGAUAGCAUCUGUGCUGUACACAGUGGUCAUCCCCACAAUGCAUCCCUUCAUCUACAGCCUGAGAAACAAGAACAUGAAAAUGGCCCUGAGAAACGCAUUCAACAGGAGAAGUGUCUUCUCUCGAGGACUCUGA